GAUGGGACCGCACAUCUCCUGCAUGCGACGCAGAAGCUGAAACUCAACUCAACUCAACUCAACUCAAUGCUGCAGCAGCUGUUGUUUCUGUUGGACUUUCUAAAUGCUACGGAGAGACUCAAAAACUCUGAGGCUUCAAGGAUGUUCUUCUCAGAUGGGACUCUCUCAGCCGUCAGUAAUGCGCUCCUGUUGGGAAUAACGUGUCUGACCGUCCUCUGCGACUUCACCAAGGGCUCCUCAGACUUUUCAGGUUACCUGUCCAAAGUGUUGAGGAACUACACCGAGCAGGCCUGUGACGGAGACUUCCUGUCUGUUCGCUGCCCGCCUCGCACCACCAUCACCGUCCAAUCAGCUUUCUAUGGAAGGAGAGGUGCGUCUGACUUCCAGCAGUGCCCUCAGACCUACCCUCAGGCCCUCCUCAGUUCUUACAGCGCCCGGGAGGAUGAUCGAUAUUGUUCUGUAUCCACUGCACUACAGAAAAUGCUGGACGAGUGCCAAGACAGAAGGAGCUGUCAAGUCCUUGUCAACAGCCGCGUGUUUGGGACAGACCAGUGUCCUGGCAGCAGUAAAUACCUCAUUGUCUGGUACAAAUGCAGACCUAACGAGUAUAAGAGUAAGGUGGUUUGCGAGGAGGAGAGGAUGAGGCUGAGCUGCAAACGGGGUAUGCAGAUCGCCGUUUACUCCGCCAUGUUUGGCCGAACUCAACAGGGCACCCUGGAGUGUCCCCUUCAUCACAGGAGGGCGCCGUCAGUAGACUGCCAGUCGUCUGUGGCUCUGCAGGUCCUCACCGCCCGCUGUCAGGGCAAGAAGAGCUGCCUGGUCCGAGCCUCCAGCCGAGACUUUGGAGAUCCGUGUUACUCCGGCACCAGGAAGUACCUCAGUGUCAUCUACACCUGUGUCCCAAAGAAGUUGCUGCAGGAGCAGGGCCCCAGACCACCGGUGUUCUCCCCACCACCCAGCGCCCAUGACCCCAACAUAGUGGGAGACAGCCCUCCGGAGGGGAGCUCAGUCAAAAGCCCCGACACUGUUCCAGAUAAGAAGAGGAUUAGGGAGACAAACCCCAACGAGGAGAAGCAUUCAGAAGCCGAAAAAGAAGGCGGAGGAGGAGGAGGUAGAGAAAGUCCACCUCGGCCCAUAGGCAUGAAUCCCAUCAUCAACUCCACCUCUAGCGACAGCAUGGCCCUCAUCAGCAACGCACUGGCAGCCUACACCUACGUAUCCGACCACCCAGAGAGGGCAGCGCUCUUCUUCGUCUGCGGCGUGUGUUUGGGCCUCUUCCUCACACUCUUUGCCCUGGUGGUCCAGAUCUCCUGUCGCACCGACUGCCAGCCCCGCCAGCGGCCUCCUGCCAAGAAACGAGCACGUCCCGCAGACUCGUCCUCCGACUCCAGCGACUCGGACUCGGACUGGGACACCACCUCGGACCUGUCGGCGCGGAGACACCGGCGAUUCGAGCGCACGCUUAACAUGAACGUGUUCACGUCAGCAGAAGAGCUAGAACGAGCGCAGAGGCUCGAGGAGAGGGAGCGAAUCAUCCGAGAGAUCUGGAUGAACGGGCAACCGGACAUCCCCGGGACACGGAGCCUCAAUCGGUAUUACUGAGCACUGCUAAGAGGCUUUUUGGAGAAAACUUACUUGACUUGAACACAUUUUAGGAUGCACUUGGGUUGGAAGGGGCAAGAGACAAGGCCCUGAUGAAGCUUUAUAAGCAAGCACACAACUGCGACUGUGGACUCACUGAUGAGAACAGUAGAAGGUAUUGCAGGCUUGGGAAGAAAGCCUUCCCUAUGUGGUGGUUGGCAUAUUCCUCUGGGUAUCAUAAGCUAUACCCCAUUUAGUAAGAGAAUAAGCUCACUGCAUGGUAAGCACGCCUCUUAGCUGAUUCUUUCUGGUGGAAGAGAGGGGUGAAAGGGUACACUGCCUUGGCCGUGACCCUAGCAGGCCUUUUUGAAGUGGGGAUUUAUGGGUUAGCCUCUGUAGACAAACACUGGCCUGCAGAGACUACAUAGUGACUGAAGGACCAAGGCCUCAGAUGGAUCUGUUUCAUACAGAACGCGGGGCAGCUGCAAGAGACUGUGACACUUGGAGCUUCAUGCUCAGUACCCUCCAGUAUUCAAGUGUGGACUUCCCGGAGGGGCAGCAUAAAGCAGGACGCAGUGUGCUGGACAAUGGGACAAUGUAAGACAAUCUUUCCACAGUGAAUAACCAUGCUGCCUUUUGAACUUUGUAAAACCAAAAGAUAUUUUUUGGAGAAUUCAUCUCAACCCUUAUGAAAUAUAUUUUAUAAUAUUUAAUAGUUUAUUGAUGUUGUUUAAUUGUGUUCUCAAGUAUGGUUUAUUAUGAGCUAUUUUUAUACUUGGCGAAGGUUGUCUGGCACCUCAGGGAUGCAAUCCUAGUGUUUCUGUGUUUGGUUGAUGUAUUUGCUUCCUAAGAAGGGGAUCAGCCCAUUUAAACAGCUAUGUCAGCAUUUAAAGAAAAGAAUUAGAAAUAUCAUAUAAAGAGCCUCAAAGAGGUUUCCGUGAUUUAACCUUAUUUUUGAUACAGUAUGUUUAAUUCACAGUGCAGUGCCUUUUCUAGCUAUUAAGUCACUGUUUUCAGGAGUGCAGCUGGCGUAUUACUGAAUAACUGGUCAAAUGAUUUAUUAAUUGGAAAUAUCAAAUUCAUCUUGUCAUAUAUGUUUUCCCUUUUACCUUUACUGUUGCUUUGCUGAAGUGGGGCAUGUGUAAAACCCUGAAUGUCUCUGUCAAAAGUUGCACUUGCUAUCUCACCAGAUGUAAAUGUACGUGAUAAGAUUGUGCCGAUUUUGUGCAAGUGAAUUUGUUAGAAACAAUUCUUUUUGGUCCUCACCUUCCAGUCUCGUGUCAACCGUGCCCUUCUUUCAAAGAUACCAGUGCUAAACAGAUGCUUGCGGUUAUUGCUGCUCAUGGCCAUCUGAAGAAGGAACAAAAGCACUGCAAAACAAAAUUGGUUCUCUUAAAUCACAUUGCAAUAUAAACUAUUGUCAAUCCAGCUCUGUUUUCUGCUGCCCUGUAUUCAAGCAUAGAAAUUAUUUUAGUUUUCAUAAAAAAAGCUUGGUAUUUUCCAGACUGAGAGUUUAAUUGAGAGUACACAGGACAUAUUAGGGUCAUCCAUAUAAAGCCACUCUAUAUAGUUUUAUAAAGACAGUUCUGGUGUUUAAAUUUGAUUGAUGGGAUUAAAAUGUGCCAUUAGCUGGUAAAGUGAGACCAAAAUAUGACU